AACUUUCUUCCUCUCUCCUGCAUUUUCUCUCCAUUUCCUUCUCCUUCCUCCCUUUUAUCCUUAAUUUCUUUCUCCCUCAUGGGAGAUCACCGGAGUCAUCAUGGUAAUCUCCGGUCAUCGUCAACAGAUCAUUCCGGUAUCCUCAGUAUCUCGAAAGCUGCAUCAAUUAACAUGUGCAAGGCCUACAAAUCUCUCGUUACCAAUGUCAGCAAAUGGUACCCUGAUAAUCUUAAAAGUUCAUCCCACAAAAGUGAAGAGGAAGGAAAGUUCAAAGAUCUCGACGAGGCAUCUAAGGCUGCUAAUGGAAAAAAGCAAGUGGAGAAAUUUAAAAAUGGUGAGGAUUCAACGGAAGGCUCAGAUCAUCAACGAAGCAUUGAUGAGAACUUCUUUUCACAUCCUUUUUCCCUUGCAAAGAGCUUGAGUAGGAGAAGCCAUACCCCUUCGGCUAGAUCAUCAUAUUCUGGUCCUCUGUCGAAAAGCCAGAGCAGGAAAAGCCCGCAAGAAUCUGACAUCCAUGGUUUAUCAAGAAGCGAAAGUCGAAAUUCCCCUUCCUCUCUUUCAAGAAGCAAUAGUCGAAGAAGCAAGUCAGUAAUUCAAAGGAGGCCAUCAGUAACAGAAAUACCCAGCUUGACGAGGAGUACAAGCAGGAGCACAACCCCUAUUAUGUUUUCUCACACCACAGCACGAAGGAGACCUCCACCAGUCGAGAAAAAACUUGAGUGCACGCUGGAGGAGCUGUGUUAUGGGGGCAUCAAACGGAUCAGGAUCACUAAAGAUGUCAUCUCUGAAGAAGGGUUUAUUGUGCAGGAAGAUGAGACAUUGAUAAUAAAUUUGAAACCAGGAUGGAAAAAUGGAACAAGGGUUACCUUUGAAGGGAAGGGCGAUGAGAAACCUGGCUACCUUCCGGCUGAUAUAAUAUUUGUGAUAGAAGAGCAGAGGCACCCCCUGUUCCGAAGAAAAGGUGAUGAUUUGGAGAUUGCAGUGGAGAUCCCUCUCGUGAUGGCUCUCACAGGCUGCUCGCUCUCGGUACCUCUGUUGGGAGGGAAAAAGAUGAGCUUGUCCUUGGAAGAAAUCACUUAUCCAGGAUACGAGAAGGUCAUUCAAGGCCAAGGCAUGACCAAGGCCAAAGAAGAAGGCAAAAGGGGUGACUUGAGAAUCACUUUUCUAGUCAAAUUUCCCACAGAGUUGACUGAUCAGCAGCGUUCUGAAGCUUAUAGCAUCUUGCAAGAUUGUACUUAUGAUUAGAUGCAAUAUACUCACAAGACAAUGUCUUUUACAAGAGAGCAUUUUAUAGCCAAGUGGAAGAGUUAUGUACGUGGUUCUAAUGCAUUUCAGUUGUAUUUUAUGUUUAGAAGAUGAGUAAGGCAUUUAGUUUAAUCAUUAGUUACUAGUUAAUAUUCAGUAUUAUCAAGCUGCAUUAUGAGUUAUGAGGCCUCAAUUUUGAAUUUCUCCCUAAAAUUCUCCAUAAAGUAUCUAUAUCGCU